GUUCUGCACACUACCAUAUGCACUGGAACGGAUACCGCGGCCAGACUACAUUUUUUUUUCUCUGGCAAAACAAUAUGCAACAGUUAGCAACUGUAUGUCUCAUGUGUUGUCUUUGUCAGGGAAAGGUUUAGAAUAAUUGUAUUAAUAGGCUACCCAUGUGGGAAUUUCCAGUUGUCUCUGCAAUAAGUGUUUUUUUUUCAUAUUGUGCGAACGUGAUGCACACGGCAGCAUUACACUGUAGCGUUGCACCAUCUGCAAAACAAAUGCAACUAUAACUUUUGAAGAAGGAGCAAUAUGUUUUAUAUGUAACGAUAUACCUCGCCUGCAUUUAUUUUGUGAAGGUUGGAAACUGUUUCUUAAAUACGUCUUUGUUCCUGCAAAACCGAGGGCACACGAUGCAGGUCUUUUUGGCGGCGGCUGUUUUACUUUCUAUCCAAGACUUCGUCGGCGCCGAGCCCAUCAGACCCAAAUGCCCGGACCGCUGUGACGUGAGCAGAUGCCCCAGCCCGGGCUGCCCCAGCGGCUACGUCCCGGACCGCUGCAACUGCUGCCUGGUGUGCGCUAACGGCGAAGGAGACGCCUGCGGCCGGAAGGACGACUUGCCGUGCGGCGACGGUCUCGAGUGCAAGCAUCCCGCUAGCAAGCGACUCUCGAAGGGCGUCUGCCGGUGCAAGAUGGGUUACAAAGUCUGCGCCAGUGACGGCAACACGUACGGCAACGUGUGCCAACUGAAGGCGGUGAGCAGGAAGUCCCUGCAGCAAGGUCUGCCCGCUAUCACCCAGGUGCAGAAAGGACCGUGCGAGUCCCCCACAGGUCCUUCACACCCGAACAGUCCCAGGUACAAGUUUAACUUCAUCGCCGAUGUCGUGGAGAAGAUUGCCCCUGCAGUGGUUCAUAUAGAGCUCUUCCUCAGGCACCCUCUCUUUGGCCGGAACGUUCCUCUGUCCAGUGGCUCUGGCUUCGUUGUGUCUGAGACGGGUCUGAUCGUGACCAACGCCCACGUGGUGUCCAGCACAACGCCCGUUUCCGGGCAACAGCAGCUCAAAGUGCAGAUGCACAACGGGGAGGCCCACGAGGCCACAAUUACAGACAUCGACAAGAAGUCCGACAUCGCCACCAUCAAAAUCAACCCACAGAAAAAGCUGGGGGUGCUGUUGCUCGGGCACUCAGCAGACCUGCGGCCGGGGGAGUUUGUGGUGGCCAUCGGCAGCCCCUUCGCCCUGCAGAACACCGUCACCACCGGCAUCGUCAGCACCGCGCAGCGCGACGGCAAGGAGCUCGGCAUCCGCGACUCCGACAUGGACUACAUCCAGACCGACGCCAUCAUCAACUAUGGAAACUCUGGCGGACCCCUUGUAAAUCUGGAUGGAGAGGUGAUUGGGAUCAACACCCUAAAAGUGGCAGCUGGGAUAUCCUUUGCCAUUCCCUCAGACAGAAUAACGCUCUUCCUCAACGAGUCUCUCGACAAACAGACCAAAGAAGCGAGGUCAGUGAAGAAACGCUUCAUCGGAAUCCGAAUGCUUACAAUCACACAAGACCUGGUGGAAGAGCUGAAGCAGCAGAACCCAGACUUCCCGGACCUCAGCAGCGGCAUCUACGUUCACGAAGUGGUGGCAAACUCCCCGGCUCAGAAGGGGGGCAUCCGGGACGGCGACAUCAUCGUGAAGCUGAACGGGCGCGCGCUCCUGACCACCGCCGACCUGCAGGAGGCGCUGCUGGAGGAGACCACCCUCCUGCUGGAGGUGCGCCGCGGCAACGACGACCUCCUGUUCAACAUCGAGCCCGACGUCAUCAUGCAGUGAGAACGACGGAGACCCGGGGGGAGGGGCCGCGCCGCCUCAGAGCCGUGAACCACGGAGACGAGAAGAAGAAAAAUAAACCGCACCGUGUUUCUGUUUCCUCUGGGCCCGCGCGGGGCAGUGGACUGGAAAGGGUCUGGUCUUUCUCCACCGAUUCCCGGGGUCUGUACGGCCAGUAUGAGCGUCUGCCAGACACCGCCCGGCAGCUCUUAUCAUUGUGAAUGAAUUCUGCUCCCUCGAUGUAUUCCUGACCGGGGCGUUGUUUACUCCAAACGGAUCGAUACUUGCAAAUAUUAACGGUAGACUGAUAUCAGAUGUGGUGUGUAGCUGAAGUGAACGGGUGAAGCACACACUUUUAUCACCCUGUUAAAUAUAAUAAUGCCACGUGAAUCUGUAAAAUCUGUGGAUAAAAUAACCCUGUAGAUAAUAGUGGAAAAAACGACAUUGAAAUUCUGACGUUGGUUCCGGAAACCGAGUAUGUUUACUGUUGUGUGUAAAGGCUGCCGGUCAGGUUAAUCCUUCUCUGAAAACUCUUUGUGUAAAAAUCAGUGGAUGAAUGCAGAAUGACUAUUUUCAGCUUGACCUGGUUGCUGUUUUCAUUAGUGCAGGUUUUUUCAUAUACAUAUAGUGGCCAACAGUGAAUAAUAAACAUUUACUAAUCCAACCUGGUUUCCUCACAGCAAAUCACAUCAUCUGGACCG